CUGAAGGAUGCUGGGAUGCAGGCUGCCUGGCGACUCCACUCAGGCUGUGCUGAACCUCCCUCUGCCUACCUGCCCUUCGUGCCAGAGACGGUACCUGCCACUAUGAUGCUUGGAGGCUUAUCUGAGGCCAAGCCUGCCACUCCAGAAAUCCAGCAUAUCGUUGACCAGGUGAAGCCAGAGUUUGAACGCAGGCAAAACCAGGCAUGUGCCAUCUUCAGAGCCAUAGUGUAUAAGUCUCAGGUGGUUUCUGGGUUCAUCUACUUCAUUAAGGUCCAAGAUUCUGAAGACAGUUUUGUCCACUUAAAGGUGCUUGAGGGCAUUUCUCCUGAGAACCGAGCUCCCAGCCUUGAGGGUUUUCAGACUGGCAAAACCAGAGAUGAUCCUCUGACCUACUUCUGAGAGAAGAGGAGGAAUGGCUGCCUCACUUGUACAUCAGUGCUGCCUCUGUCAGUAAACACACCACAAUAAAGCAUGGUUUGAAAACUGCCUCUCCUGCCUGCCUA